AUGCCGGAGGGCGGCGCGAAUGGCGAUGGGGGGGACGGAGGGAGGAGGUUGCGCGGAGUGGAGGGACCGGGCGGGCAGCGAGCGGAGAGCGCGCUUCCACCGGUCAUUCCCGACUGGAACUGGCCGCAGGACGCCGAGAAGCACGCAGUGGCGCUCGUCGUCAACCUGGACGGGUCCGCGUGCGUCGCCAUCGACGUCGAGCGUGAAAAGGAGCUCGACGUGGUCGACACCCUCCCCCCCGCGCCGCCCGGGGAGCCGCAGCGACGCCGCGGGACCGUUCGCCUCUGGAACCGCGACGUCAGCAUCCCGAUGCUCGUCUGCAUGGGCGUCUCCGCGGUCCUCAUGGGCAUCGGCGUCGGGUGCCUGUACCUCUUCUUCGGGACCUCCCGCGAACGAACGUGCCGCCCGCCCUGGUGCUAUCCGCAGCCCGACGAGACGCCUUCCGUCCGCCGCGCCCUCGGCGCGCUCGCGGACGCAGCCGCCCCCGAGGCGCCACCGCCGCACCUGCACCGCCGCCUCUCCCUGCGCCGAGCUCGACUCGACGGCUGA